AUGGCGAUGAUCUCCUAUGGAAUCAACGAUUGGGCCUCAGCCUCGCGACGUGGUGUUCAAACUCUCUCCAGCUCAGCUGUGGAGCUCCUUCAUCAAACGGAACGCCUCUUACAAGCUGGCAUUCGCAAUGUGGUGGUACUUUCACCUCCCAUGAUAUCUGGCCCACUGACACAGUUCAAUGACAUUAUUUGGACCGGUUUGAAGAGCCUCAGAACGCAAAAUCCGUCCAUACAAUUUGCUUAUGUCGAUUUCACUACGCUCUACUCUGCUAUCACUGCCAACCCUCAGUCGUUUGGGUACCAAUCCACUGAUUCAUGUCUUCAGAGUGCCACUAGUACGGCUGGUGCUUGUUCAAAUCCAGAUGUUUACCUCGUAAAUGAUUGA